UUUGUUUAGUUAUCAUAAAGUGUACCAUUCAUUUUGUACGAAAUAAUCAAUAACACCUACCAAUUGUUAUUACCAUUAUUAUUGUUCACUAUAUCAGAAAAUUGAAAAAUUAUUGACUCGUAUUAUCGAACUUGUUACUUAAAGUGUAAAAUCAAUAAAAACAAAAAUCAUGUCGGAUAAUGAAGAAACACCAAAAGAUGUACCAUCCACCUCUGAAGAUAACACUGAACAAACAAAAGAUCAGAAUACUACAAGUGAAGGAGAUGCUGCUCCUAGUGCUAGUUCUGGUGUUGUAGAAGUUGCUGAAGAAAAAGCAUCUGAUGACUAUAUUCGUUUGCGUGUCAUCACUAGUGAUAUGACCAAUGAAGUGCAUUUCCGUGUUAAAUCUGCUACCUCAUUAGGACGCCUGAAACGCUCAUAUUGCAGUAAAAUGGGUUUCCAAGUAGAAGAACUUCGGUUCGUUUUUGAUGGUCAUCGUAUUACAGACGAUGAUACACCAAAAUCAUUAGGUAUGAUUAAUGAUGAUGUCAUUGAAAUUUACCAAGAAAGAACUGGUGGAGUGUAAAAAUGAAAAUUGAUAAUGCAUAAUUUUUUUACGUAAUUUACUAUUAUAAAAUAAUUUCAUUGUUUAUACAACAUUAAUUAAGUAUAGUUAUAAUUAAACAAAAUUUUUAGCCAGCUGGAAAAGUAUUUCUAAUAUUUUUAAUUUCUAAGACUUAUGUUUAUCUAAUUAUUCCUUAGUAAUAUUAUUCAAGUUUUUUAGGUCAGUUUUACUUAUUUUUUAAUUUCACUUAAGAUUUAAUUAUUGUUAUUAUUUUUAAAAAAAUAUCACAAUAACAGCAUUUUUUUAACAUUGAAAUUUGUAUUAAUGUUCUACAUGUUUUCUAAAAAAAUAUUAUUCUCCAUCUUAAUAUUUUUAGC